AUGGCCGACUCCAACGCUGGCAUAUUCGACCCGGACGGCAAGUAUGAGCAAGGCGUGCUCCAGGUCUCCAAAGAGUACCCAAGACCGAAGGAUGGAGCCGAUUUCGUCUAUGGCACGGCUGGCUUCCGCAUGAAGGCCGAUAAGCUGCCCUCCGUCGCCAUGACCGUUGGCAUACUUGCUGGCUUGCGAUCGCGGAAACUCCACGGUCAGACGAUCGGUGUCAUGAUCACGGCAUCGCACAACCCGGCGGAAGACAAUGGCGUCAAGAUUGUGGAUCCGCAGGGCGAGAUGCUGGAGCAGGAAUGGGAGAAGUACGCGACCUACAUCGCCAAUGCGAAGGACCAACAGGAGGCGCAGAACGCGUACAUGUGGAUGGUGAAGGAGGUCCGGAUAGACCAGAAGAAGCCGGCCAACGUCAUUUUCGCACGGGAUACAAGGCCGUCGGGCGAGGAGCUUGUCCGGGCGCUGAAGUCUGGGCUGGACGCAACUGGCGUGACCUCGGUCGACUAUGGCAUUCUUACAACACCUCAACUGCACUACCUGGUGAAGGCGACAAACACCAAGGACACCUCACAUCCUUACGGUGAGGUAUCGGAAGAAGGCUACUACAACAAGAUGGCCUCCGCCUUCAAAACCGCGAUUGAGGGGAUCAAACCCAACGGAUCAGUCACGGUGGACUGUGCGAAUGGUGUCGGCGCACCAAAGUUGAAGGAGCUCUUGAAGCACUUGCCAUCUAGCUCAGAGUCUGGCCUCGACAUCCGUGUCGUCAACGACAACGUCUCGAACGCAGAGGUUCUCAACAAAGACUGCGGCGCGGACUUUGUCAAGACCCAACAGCGUGCCCCAGCCGGCUUUGACGGUAAGCCAUACGAACGAUGGGCCUCUUUUGAUGGCGACGCCGAUCGCAUCGUCUACUACUUCACCACCGAAGGCUCCAUCUUCCGGCUGCUGGACGGUGACCGCAUCGCCACCCUUGCUGCGAACUUCCUUGGAGAGCUUGUCCAAAAGUCAGGCCUAGCAGACAAGAUUACGAUUGCUGUCGUUCAGACCGCAUAUGCCAACGGCAGCUCGACCCGCUACAUCGAACAGACCCUCAAGCUCAGAUGCGAAUGCACCUCCACCGGCGUCAAGCACCUCCAUCAUGUUGCCGCCCGCUCAGAUAUCGGUGUCUACUUCGAAGCCAACGGCCACGGAACCGUGCUCUUCUCCCCGCAAACGCUCAAGCGCAUCCACAACCACCAGCCCGAAUCGCCUGCGCAGCUCGAAGCACUCACCACCCUCCGCGCGCUCACGGAUCUGAUAAAUCAAACCGUCGGCGAUGCCAUCUCGGACUUUCUGCUCGUCGAAACGAUACUCGCGCACAAAGAGUACACCGUCCGCGAAUGGCUGGCCACGUACACGGAUAUGCCGAAUAAGCUUGGCAAGCAGCGUGUUGCCAACCGAGCAGACUUCGUCACCGUGCCCGACUCAGCAGAGAGGAGAUUAGAGAAACCUGCAGGGCUGCAGGAGCGGAUCGACGAGAUCGUGGCGAAGUAUAAGGACGGCCGGUGUUUCGUCCGAGCCAGCGGGACUGAGGACGUGGUGCGAAUAUACGGCGAAGCGAGCGAGGUGUUCGACUGUGAGAACAUGGUUCGAGAGGUCGGUGGCGAGAUCGAGCGGAGAUUCGGGCCGUGA